AGCAACUCAAUGUAUCUUGCACACACCAUGAAUACAUUACAAUUCUUCAUAGCCGCUCUACUGGUUCACACAGCAGCGGGAAUCACCGCAGCUGGCCACUGCCUCCCAGAUUGCUCUGGACACAACGCCGGGGACUUUGUGGCUGACCCUUACAACUGCACUCAAUUCUACGUGUGUCUAGCUGACGAGUUGCCCUCAGACCACCCCGUGCCUUGCGUCUCUGGCCACUUCGAGAACGGCAUCUGUCAAGGCACUGAGGACUGUACACCUCAGUGCCUCCCUUCACUGUGCCACAUGACUUGUAACGAGCCAUUAGACUUGAUUUCUGAGCCCACAGCCUGUUCAAUCUACUAUGUAUGUGAUGCAGCGCUCCAUCCCACACAGGAACUUCGAUGUCCCUUCAACAAACCAUACUUCGACGGGAAACUCUGCACCACUGACUCCGACGCCUGCUGCUCUGAUCUUUGCACGCCCUAUUGUCACCCAGGUUUUGUGCAGAUUCCAGACCCACUCGACUGCCUGUGGUACUACAUCUGCAUUGAAACCGGCGCUCCAAACCCCGCCCUGCAUUAUAAGUGUGACGACGGGAUGGUGUUUAAUAUUGGCUCGGGAAGGUGUGAAUAUUUCGCCACCUGCGUCACUCUUUGCCAAGCUUGACUCUCUCCUAUCCUAUGACCUUAAAUGACCUGACCUGACCUAACCUGACUCUCUCUCUCUCACUGACCUGACCUGAGAUAUGACUUUCUUACCUAACAUGUGAUUCUCUCUGACCUGGCUAGAUCUUUGGAUACCUGACUUUACUUGACCUAAUCUGACUUUGCCUGACUCUACACCUGACUUCACAUGACACAACCUUCACAAACCUAACCUAAUUUGACCUAACGUAACCUGACCUUUCUUAGUCCUAUUCUAACUUAUUACAACUUAUCUUAAUCUAACUUAACCAAAUUUAACAAAACCAAACCAAAAUAUAACCUAACCAACCUCAACUCAAACCUUUAGCACAACGCAACACAACAUCAAUGAGAGAACAUAAUGGAUAAACAAAUAUCUGAACAUGUAUAUAAAUGUAUCAUAAGGUAUACAUACAUACACACAUACAUAAACGAGGGAGAAGAGAAUACAUCUUGAUACAUUUGCGGGUUUAUUCACAAUCAUGCAUCUAAAUAUACACUAGCUUUUACAUACACAUAUACAUACCUACAAAUGAGUCGAAUGAACGUCGCUGUAUGCAUGUAUAAAAUUCACUGGUUUUUG